CUCCUUCGCCAUCCAUGGGCCAUGCAUUAAUUAGACUUUGCCGAACAGAGGGCCCUGCAUCCCUCCCUCCCUCCCAUCCCCAUCCCCAUCCCCAUCCUAAUCCCUUCAUCCCUGCCUGUCAGCCCGAACGCCACGACCGCUUCCCAACCUCCCCUCCCCACAAGGAUGCGUCGAACCACACGGCUCCAUCCAUCCAUUAGAAUCAUGCGAGGCAAAUGCACUAUCUAGUUAGUCUGCCGCUGCUAGUAGCUGGCUGUCUGUGUGGCUCUGGUGGCCCGGGAUGAUGAUCAAGAGGGAUCCGAGCGCUAGGUAUCUACAUAGAACGGGUGGUCUUGUCUUGGUGGUGGCUGUUUAUCCUGGGGUUGGGGUAUGUACGGAGUACGGAGCACAUCGUAGAAGUGUAAGUAGCUACUAUGGAGUGUGGCGUGAUGGGAUGGGAG